AUGCAGAUCUCUUUGCGGCCCAAGGCAACCAGAAGGUCACUCACGUCCUAUCCAGGUGGCCUCAUCCUGCUGCGGUUGGGGUGGAUGCUCUGUCGCAUCCCUGGGACUUCAGGAUGGGCUGCGCUUUUUCCUCCCGGUGCCAUUGAUUCUCAGAUUCCUAAAAAGGGCUCAUUGUGGGACACUACCUUGAAGGCGGUCUUUCUGGUGGCGAUGACCUCGGGAGGCCGAGUUUCGAAGAUCCAGGCCUUGGGCACCAGGGACCCUUUCUCGUGUUUUUCAAGGAAAGAGUGGAGUUACGUGCUCUCCCUCACUUUCUUCCUAAAGCGAGCAAAACUCCGACUAUAUUUGGAGCAGCUGAAGCAGCUUGUGCCCCUUGGGCCAGAGAGCAACAGACAUACCACUCUAAGCCUCUUGAAAAGAGCAAAAAUGCACAUUAAGAAAUUAGAAGAACAGGACCGAAAAGCUCUGAACAUCAAGGAGCAGCUCCAGAGAGAACAUCGCUACCUCAAGCGCCGUCUAGAGCAGCUCUCUCUGCAUGGGAUGGAGCGCAUGCGCACAGAUAGUAUGGGCUCCAUCAUAUCCACCGACUCUGAACAAGAAGUAGACAUCGAAGGCAUGGAAUUUACCCCAGGAGAAAUGGACAGUAUUGGAAGUACCAGUGACGUGGAUGACCACUACAGUCUGCAAAGCAGCUCCAGCGACAGCGGCUAUACACAUUCCCUGAGACUUAAUUCCAGUCUCUUAUAGCGGCCAAAUUACUGGACCAACUCAGGACCAUGAAGCUGAAGGCACUUAGAUCUGGAAAACAAAAAAAACGUUAAAAAAAUUUAAAAGAAAACAAAAAAAAAAGUGAACUGCCACUCAGCCAGGACUGCCGACUCUAAACCUUUCAAGGAGCGUUCUUGCUGAGGAGGCCCCCUCCAUUUCAACCACAGCACGAGAGAUUCCCGACACGUGGCUCUGAUGGAGGUCUGUGCUGUGACUCGGUGGGGUGGAUGUUGACAAAGAGCGUUCAAAGCUCAAUGAAAGCCCAAUUUUUUGCAGUCAUAUCAUUCCAUUACUAAGUAUUACACAUGGAGACACAAAGAGAAGCAGGUCAGAUAUUUUUGGAUUACCAGAGAUCAUUUAGUUUUAAGAAUGAAGUCGAAUUUGUACAUGUCCGUCAAAUUUCGUAGGUAGACAUAGCAAAAAAAAAAAGAAUUAUGACUUCUUUGAAGAGCAGGCAAUAGUUUUAUCAGUGUCAGUAUUUCAAGCACUUGGCGUUUGUGAAGCAAGAGAUCGCAAAGUUCCUGUAACGUUUCGAGUUUCAUGUCUGUACCGUAUGGUGAAAAUGAGAGGUUUUUAGUCACUUCUGCGUUUAUUUUUCCUUCACCGUACGCCACAAAAGAAGAUGUGGUUCAUUUUGGUUCUGGUGAAGGAAGCCGACGUUUCAUGU